AUGAGCGAUAGAAUACACGUCCCCACGGCCGACUUGACGCCAGAGCAGACCAAGCUAGGGGCCAAGCUCGACAAGCGGCGGCGUAUCGUCGACGCGGUGUGGGCGCGGCUAUGGCAGGUACGCGCGCUCCUCGUCCUCAUCGGCACGGCGUGGCUCCUCGCCCUCCCGUACCCCGGGCUGUGGAAGCAGACCUUCAUCGACGAGCACGCGCUGCAGCCGGCCCAAGUGACGAUCUACUACGACUGGGCGCAGGUGUUCCGCGCAGACAGGUACCUCGCCGAGCUGGAGGCGCUGCGGGACGCGAACGCGACGUGGGACGAGCGGCGAGACUUCCUCAGCGCGAGUUUCCGGGCCGCAGGGGUCACGGCGCUCAACUCGACCUCGUCGGUGUUCGCGCACGUCACCCCGCCCCGUAGCGAGGGGACAGAGGCGAUCCUCGUGUCGGCCAACUGGCUCAGCCGGAACGGCGAGGUCAACGUGCGCGGAGUUGCGCUGUUGCUCAGCCUCGCCGAGUUCUUGCGAGCCCAAAACUACUGGGCGUUCGACAUCUUCCUCGUCUCGGGCGACGGAUACCUCGACGGCCUGAACGACUUUACCGAGACGUACGCGCCGCGCGCGAACAUCUGGACGGCGCUGAACAUCGACUAUCCCUACCACUCGUUCUCGCACCUGGGCGUGUUCUUCGAGGGAACCAACGGCCGCCUGCCAAACCAGGACGCAGUCAACUCGGUCCUCCAUGUGGCCAAGUACGGCGUGUGGGUCGACUCUACGAUCCACAACCUCGACGAGCGCCCGCAGCCAACGUACAGCUUUGGCGCCAAGGCCCUGCUCGACCACUUCAAGUACAUGGCGCUCGGGCGGCCCUCGGCCGCCCACGGCCUGCUGGCGCAGCACCGGAUUGACGCGGUCACGCUGUACGGCGUGCCCGGUGAAGGGCCGCACGGGUUCCACUCGAUGGGACGCAUGGUCGAGAGCACGCUGCGCGCGUACAACAACCUCCUGGAACGCCUGCACGCGAGUUUCUUCUUCUACCUCCUCCCCCACCCCGACUACUUCUUGCCUGUCGGCCACUACCUGCCCGCCGCGGUGGUCCUCGGCGCCAGCGUCACCCUUGGCGGGUUCGACUGCCCCGACCCGCUUGCGGGCGCGCUGUGGGCGCUGCCGGCGUUCGCGCUCGGCCUGCUGGGAUGGGUUGCUCAGUCGUCGCUCGUGUCAGCUGCCGCGAUGGCCCUCCCCCGUCCCAAGGGCGCCGCGCGGGCGUCGCUCUCGUCCCUCGCGCACCUGUUCUACGGCGCGCUGAUCCCAACCCUCGCCAUGGUCAACUUCCCCCAGGCGGUGCUUCUCGCCGUUUUGGUGAUCAUCGCCCUCGCCCCGCUGCCCCGGCCCGUCCGCGCCGCGCUCGUCUUCCUCCAUCCCGCCGUACUCGAGUACUACGGCGGCAUCAACCUCCGCGCCGAGUGGGAGCAGUUUGGCAACGUGGCAUGGCCGGCCAUCUUUGCCAUCUGGAUCCCGCUCCAGGCGGUAUCCGACAUGCUGUCAUAG